GCACAGCGCAGCGGCGAUUGGCUGCCCCACCCCUGCCCCGCACUGAUUGGUGGGAGCGCCAGCCCGGCGGGAUUGGCCGGUUCGAAAGGCGGGCGCGGCCGUGCCGCCCGGCCAUGGAGGCCGUGCUGUGCUCCGAGCACGGGUCCCUCUGCUUCCUGAAAACGGGCGUCCGCGAUGGCCCCAACAAAGGGAAGAGCUUCUACGUGUGCGGCACGCAGGGCCCCGCUGCCUGCGGCUUCGUCCUCCCAGCGCCGGUUCCUGCUUCUCAGUGCUUGAUCCAUGAGGGGUGCGUGGUGGAGCUGCAAGUCCUGGUUCAGCAGCCGGACAGAGGUGAAUACCAGUUGUUUUACCGAUGCCUUAAGAGUAAGUUGAAUGGGAAGAAAUGGUGUGGAAGCUUCCCGUGGCAGGAUCCAAAAGCUACCAAAGUGUCAAACCCCUUGGAAUCCCAGCCCAGAACAGUACCUUUCUUCAAUCCCACUAGCCAAAGAAAUCCAUUCAAAGUGCUAGAUGAGAAUCAUGCACCAUCAUCCUGGAAACAAAUGAAGCAAAGAAAUGGAGAGGAAAUUAAAGCAAAAGGAGCUAAAGCAGAGAAUGAGAGUGUGCUGGUAUCACAUAAAGAAAAGAAAUUGACCUCUGAUUCCUCCAUAGAGACAGUACCUCUGGAAGAGCUCAAAAAUAAAAAGAAAUCAUCCACAGGAAGUAAAAGUGACCCAGAACUUCAGGAGACUACAGUGUCUGAAUCCAAACUUUGCCUUUCUGAGACCAGGAAAGAGAAAAAUACACUUUCAGAGGAAGAGAAAUAUGGUGGCAGUGCCAGGGAAUCCAAGAAGCCUUCUGAUUGUGUGGACAAGGAGCCAGGCACAAGAUCAAAACUCUUACCACUAAGUCUUGGAAAGCAAAGUACGAGUACCAAGCCUCCAGGAGAGGAGCAGCUUGGAGAAAAAAGCUUAAAAAGUUGUAGGGAUAAAGACACAAGAAAGAAAGAUUGCAAUGGUCAGAAGAAUGGUGAAAUGACACCAAUGUCUAAGGAAGAUGCCCCUUCCCCAGCGGGAGCACAGUCAGCAUCAGAUUGUGCUGCCCUGAGGGGAAGGGCAGAGGCAGAGCUGCCCAAGGCACAACUCGGGCCAGGGCUGCCACAGUCUCCUGGUGAAGCCUCUGCCAGUGAUAAUGAUAAAGAACAAUUUGUUUGUUCCUCAUCAGUUGAAAGUAAACCUGAGAAAUCAGUUGAGAUUUCUUCAGGAAAAUCAGGAAAGAGUGUGCAGGGGACACCUUUACCAGGAGCAGCGGCAUCAUAUCACAUGGAAGGACCCCAGGACCCUACAGUGCUUCAUAACCGUCUUCUACUCCAGCUGAAACAGAAAAAGAGUACAUUGGCUACAGUGAAUGUUCGGAUGCUGCCAGAUAAAGGGGAGCGCUUAUUAAAGCAAGUGCAGGAUUUGGAAGCUGCACUCAGUGCUCUUGACAUUUCAACAGCAGAUACUAGUGAAAAAGGGCAGAAUAGCACAAACAGCAGCUGCUGUGAAGAGUCUUUAUCUAACCCAGUUAGCAGGCCAGGUGGUACAAAGUCGAUAGCACCUCUCCUGCUUCAGGAUCCUACAGCAAAGGCCUCUGCAGGCUCACAGAGUCGCCUCUCAGCUGCUGCUACUUUGGGUUCCAGUGGCCAAAGUUUUAGAAUGAGUGUUGGUGUGCAGAAUCUGUAUGGGGGAAGAAUGACAGAAGACCGAAUCAGGGCUAUACACAGUGCCACCUUUGAGGCUAUUAAUCAUCUUCACAAAUCUCUAGAAUCCUGUCCAACAGAGGAGACAGCAGCUGAAGAUCCCCCUGGACUGAAGAAGUUGCUUACCUUGGGUAUCCCAGCCCUUGUGGAAAAAGAUCAGGUCCCACUGCUGCAGCACCAGAAACAGGCGCUCUCAUGGCUCCUCUGGAGAGAGAGUCAGAGGCCGUGUGGAGGAAUUCUGGCGGAUGACAUGGGCUUAGGGAAGACUCUAACCAUGAUUGCUCUCAUUCUGGCCCAGAAGCAGCUGAAGACAGAGAAAAGAAAGGAGACAUUAGAAAUAUGGUUAUCCAAAAAUGACUUCACUGUUAUCCCUUCCAAUGGCACUUUAGUUAUUUGUCCUGCAUCCUUGAUCCAUCACUGGAAGAAAGAGAUUGAGAGACGUGUGGUCUUUGGCAGACUGAGGGUCUGUCUGUACCACGGGGCAAAUCGAGAUAAGCAUGCAGAGGUGCUUUCUGGAUAUGAUGUUGUUGUCACAACCUACAGCCUUCUCUCCAAGGAGAUUCCCACAACCAAAGAGGAGGGGGAAGUCCCUGCUCAGGACCAUGAUGUGGAGAGUGGAUCAUCUCUCUGUUCCCCUUUGCUCAGGGUAGCUUGGGCUCGAAUUAUAUUGGAUGAAGCUCACAAUAUUAAAAACCCACGGGUUCAAACCUCUAUAGCUGUGUGCAAAUUGAGAGCCAGUGCCAGAUGGGCUGUCACUGGGACGCCAAUACAGAACAACUUGCUGGACAUGUACUCUCUCCUGAGGUUUCUACGUUGCUCUCCUUUUGAUGAAUACAAAGUUUGGAAGUACCAGGUAGAUAACAACACAAGGAAGGGAGGGGAGAGGCUAAGCCUCUUAACCAGGAGCCUCUUACUGCAGAGAACAAAGGACCAACUGGAUUCAGCUGGCAAGCCCCUGGUAUCUCUGCCCCAGCGUAGGACGCAGUUGCAUCAGUUAAAACUUACAGCAGAGGAGCAAUCUGUGUACAAUGUGCUCUUUGCAAGAUCCAGGUCAACACUACAGUCAUACCUAAAGAGACAAGAGCAGAAAAAUGAAGACAGAGAGUAUGAUGGUGGUAACCCCUUUGAGAAAGUUGCACAAGAGUUUGGAGUCAGUCAAAAGGAAUUUCUAGCAGGCUCACAAAGUGCCUCCCAGGUCUCAAGUACUGUCCAUGUCUUGUCCAUGCUCUUGAGACUCCGUCAGUGCUGCUGCCAUCUCUCCUUACUGAAAGUGGCUCUGGAUCAAGUUAACUUCAACAGUGAAGGCCUUGCACUCUCCAUUGAGGAACAGCUUGGUGCUUUGACACUGUCUGAGCUCCAGACUCCUGAUUCCAAGUCAACAGUCUACCUCAAUGGCACAGCUUUUCAAACAGAUAUCUUUGACAUCACCAGGGAGAGCACCAAGAUAGCUCAACUCUUGGCCGAAUUGAAAACUAUUCAGAGUCACCCAGAGCCUCAUAAAAGCGUGGUUGUCUCUCAGUGGACGAGCAUGCUCAAAGUUGUAGCUGUGCACCUGCAGCGGCUGGGGCUGAAGUAUGCCACAGUGGAUGGCUCUGUCAAUCCCAAACAGAGGAUGGAUGUGGUGGAAGAGUUCAAUAACAAUCCCAAAGGGCCUCAGGUAAUGUUGGUCUCGUUGCUGGCUGGAGGCGUUGGCCUGAACUUGACUGGAGGAAACCAUCUCUUUCUCCUUGACAUGCACUGGAAUCCUGCUCUGGAGGACCAGGCAUGUGACCGCAUUUACCGAGUAGGGCAGAAGAAGGAUGUUGUGAUACACAGGUUUGUCUGUGAAGGAACGGUAGAAGAAAAGAUCCUACAACUCCAGAAGAGGAAGAAAGGUCUUGCCCAGCAGGUUCUGUCAGGCAAAGGAGAAACCUUCACUAAGCUCACUCUGGCUGACCUCAAAAUUCUCUUUGGCAUCUAAUUAUCAUUUGCAGUACCCAACAGAAAGUAAUUUAUAGCUGUGAGUAACUGCAGAUUUCAUCAUAAGGCUUCUGUUCUGAGGUGGUCGUUUAUUUUGAACAAACAACUACAUUUUUGUAACUGUUCUGGAAAGUUAUCAACUCCAAUAGCUAGUUUUAAUAUUGAUGAUUUAUACAAAAGUUAAUAAAGUUUUAAGGUAUUGUUUUGAAACAAA